GGAUGGAUCCGAACAGUCGAGUAAGGGCGGAGAAAGCGGGGAGAGAACUGCAGACUGUUAUAGGCCUUAUACCGGGGAAUUUAGGGAAGGACGACACUUUUUCGACAACACAGAAGAUCCCCAUUGAUCCUUCGGCCAGUAUCACCAGUGUAGGGAAGGCGAUCAUCCCUAAAGUUAGCCAUUUACGACCUGCUGGUAUAAGGCAUCAAACAUUACCACAGCUUCAUUCCUUGGUCCCGCCAAAGCGGAAAAUCGUCACGCAAAGGACUAAACCCGUCAACGUACAACAACACUUUGACAAUAUUGUGCUGCACGAUGACCGGAAAAGGCAGUUCAUGCUUACCAGCGGCAGCGCACCACAACAUGCACCAUCACCCUACGCAAUUGAGAGCAAGGCCGUUGAGGACACACAAGGGAUUUCUCCCUCGCGAAUUCCUUCCGCAGCACCGAUGAGAGCCCAAUCGCCAUCGUUGCCGACGACCUUCGGUCGUGCUAUAACUGGACGACUGCCAGGAGGACUGGUAGGAGAACGCGAGCAAGGAAUCAGCUCCGCCAGCCUAGAUGUCAUGCUGGUUGGACAUAAAGUUGACUCACGUUUUACUCCUCCCUCGGAGGAAUUGGCGUUCGAUAAAAACGAGGACCGUCCAGAUUCGAGAUCGUCACAAUAUGGCUUUACCAGUGAAAGCGUAUCAGAUUUCGAACCUGUCGACACUCAAAUUCCGGUUAGCUUAGAUCCCGUUAUUGUUGGCGAAACACGACAGACUGUAGACUCCUCAGAUGAAAUGGAGGAUGCUUUGCCUUUCACUUCUAUUGACGAGGUUGAUAAUGUGAUAAAGAAGUACGCCGCAAUCAUUGAAUCUCGCAUACGCAAAUUACGGGGGGAAGCAGUCACAUCCGAAUCUUCCACAUUAGCGUUGGAUUCAAGUGAGCUGGAAAGAGCAAGUGAGCCGGACGUCCCUGCAACGUCUGCCAUGAGCUUCGAAACGGCAAUGCCACCUGAGGAAGUCACGUCGCGAAUCGCGAUGCGCAUACCCUCUGUAAUUCCCGAAAGAACAGAACCCAUCCGACUUUUUGGUAACGAAGAGACAGAAAUGAAAGCUUCGCCGAAUGCAGAAGAAGUUCGGCCAGUGAUUGAAGUGUCCAUACCCCCUCCAGCGCACGCAAUAGACAGGGUCAUCGGGGAGGCGAAAGGCGACAUGCAAGAUUCAACUAUGGUUGAGCUCAUUGAAAAUGAGGAUAGACCGGCUUCAACUAACCAGGACCAUGCAGAAAAUGGACAACCACCGGCAGCAAUCAAAGGAGCUGUUACUUUCGUCGACGACGUUGGCGGGGAAACUGACAUAAGUCAAAGACAAUCGGCGACCCCUCGUCCCGACUCUGGGGAACUGGGGUUUGCAUCUGGAAUGAAUUCCGCAAUCCGUGAUAGUAUGGUUGUCACCAGUCUACAAGCACUCAUCGCAAAUCAGCAACGCAAGCGUCGCAAAAUAGAUAACGCUACUCCAUCGGUUGAUGUGAAUCAAAUAGGAUUUCCUUUCGCAAAGUACUAUGCACCGGUCGGGCGGGAUACCGAGGUAAAUACGAAACUGAUCAAUCUAAUCAGAGACGAAGUCCUGGAGGCCGAUGCACUAAUCCAGAGCAACAUGAGGUAUCCGAUGCGGCAAAACCACCAAGCAUUGUGGAGCGAAACCCAAAGUCGAGAGGAGCAAGCAAUGAGGGAGAUCCCUGAUCCUUUCUCGGGCGAGGAUGCGACAACUUUGGAGCUAGAAGGCCGUCCAGUUGUAAUCAAAAAAACUGCGGUGGGUGCGGGAUCCAUGUCGAUUGGAAUGAACUGGGCACCUGCACCACCAACCCUUUCUAUACCAUCGAGAUUAUCCCGCUAUAUACCAAAAGGCGGUGUCGCAAUACGAAAAGAUGCUCCAUCUAGUCGGAUACGGAAGGAGCCCAGAAUUUCUUAUGAUGAUAUUGCACGAGCGGGUCUGCUGAACACAUCGCGACGGAUGGAGCUCUCCACCGCUCUGCCUUCGUCAGAUAUUCCUGCAACCUCUUUACAUUCUACAGAAGAUAACUUCUCUGACAGCUUGGCGAACGAGAUGGCCGCAUCAUGGGUACACCCAGGAGCACUGUACACUCCUGGGCCAUUCAAGAGUUCAUCGGUCAUGGAGGAAACGGGCAGUGCAAGUCCUGUGCCCGUAUCAGGUUCGCUCUCAGUAAAUGUUGACUCCAAUCAGCCGCCACCUGCGGCCCAGGUCCCAGCGCAAGAGUCGGGACUGAAUAGCACAACUAGAACACCCAGUCCUCCUCCAAUAAGACAUGUCCAUGAGCAGCACACAUUACAGCGUGACAACGAGGAGCUCUCAUCAUUAUCAACCAUUCAGCUUCAUCUGAGUGACGUGGAACCUUAUCAAGUGGCAGAGGGGGUCGUGACAAGCCCAUUACAGGAUGAUAACCUGCUGUACAUAGGGCCGCCUCUAGCACAAAAGGAAGAUGAUACAACAUUCGAGAGGUCAUUGAAGUCAAUUGCUGUCAACGUAUAUGCCAGUGAAGAUCUUUCUGGUCCGAAACCGCCACCAGAGGCUCAUGAACAAACAAUAGGGAGCAGCGGCCCAAGUCCACCCUCAAUCCCUUCCUCACGAGUCCUAACCUCAUCUCUUGGGGCUAGCAAUGGAGCAGUGGAGAAAGCGGAUCCACAAAUCCUACCUCAGACAGCCUCAUCAAAACAUGAUACUAUUUCUUCGCCCAGCAUCUCUUUUGAAGAGACACAAAUGGAAUCUAACGAAGACCCGGCCACGUUCUACUUUCGAAAACGCAAUGCAAGUCUGGGAUUGGGAGCAUCAGGUACUCGUCCUGCUUCACGAACUGGCGCAACCCCAACCGCGACCCGUCCGGCAAGCCGUACGAGUGAAUUUAAGAGUUCCAAUGAUAGUUCCUUAAAUCAACCCGGCAUUCAACCUUCUACCCCAAUGUCGAGUAUCCCGGAAACAGCCGAUGGGUUGCGUGUGUCCGUGGAUGACAAUAGAGCAAUUGAGACAACAAGGGCGAGUCGGAGAGCCACACCAGGCACCUCUACAGAUAUUACAACAGAUGUGGACCUUCCCGCAUCUGGUUUGCGAACCGUCGCCCAAGCUCUUGUUUCGAAGGGAUACGCCCCAGAUAAAGGACCCCCGUUGUAUGAUAUAGUACACGAUGUGGAGCGACGGCGGCAGACCAUGACGUCUGAGGAAAGGGCCCGUUAUCCGACUUUCACGGAGCCGACUCUGGUGGAAACGCUAGAGAUCAGCGCCCCUGGAAAACAGGAGGCCGAAAUGGAGAAGCUCACUGCCAUGAUUGGCUCGUCUAGCUUACCCGUACCAGCAUACCUACGACGAAGGGGGAUCUUGUAUGGGCAACUUGGGAAAUACGAAUUGGCUCUCGAUGAUUUCAACACAGCUUUGGAGUACGAUCCCUUUAAUUCCGAAGCUUGUUGGUAUCGACAUCAACUCAAUCUAAUGUUUGGGCAUAUUCAAGCUGCUUUGCAAGACCUUGACACGAUUACCGAGACCAAUAAGCAACAUUUCGGAGCCUUCCAAGCAAAAGCUCGCAUAUAUCAAGAACUAGGAAUGAUCAAAUUGGCCAUUGUCAGUUAUUCGCAAGUAAUUAAACUGAAACCUAACAAUGCCGAUGGUUAUUUCCAGCGCGCAUGCCUUUUUGAGGCCGAGAAUGAGGCGGUUUACGCCAGCGAAGAUUUUAAAAUGGUUAGAUCUCUAGAUCCGGACAAUGAGCGUGCCAUUCGGAAUUUAGCGUUGUACAGCUUUCAACGCGAGCUUUGGAACGAUGCCGUUCAGGCAUUGAGCAAACUUAUACAUAUAGCACCCGACGACAGUGAGGCAUACCAAUAUCGUGGUCGAGCGUACGCACAUCUCGGAAAAUGGGAUGAGUCGUUGCAGGACAUGACCCUAGCCAUACAGACGAAUCCUAAGCAGCCAGAGUCCUUUUUUCAUCGUGCAUCCCUCUUACGUGAACGUCAUCCCUGGAAAGCGAUCGAAGAUUACAGUAUCUGCUUAUUGCUCGAUGACGGACCGUUGAAUACAGAGGCAUGUUAUCAACGAGCACUGUUGUAUUACAAGCUAGGAGAAUACAGCUACGCGAUCGCGGAUCUGCUAGCAGUGCUUGACUUGGAUCCAAGCAAAUCUCAAGCAUACUUGAAACUUGGUAUUUUGUACAUGCGGUAUAUGGAUGAUUUCCUGGAGGCGCUGCGAUGCUUCAACAAGUGUGUUGCCAUAAAUCCUGUGCAAUUGCAGGCAUACCUUUGUCGUGGAGAUUUAUAUCAAUGCGUACAUGAAAAGAUGGCACAUGAUGAUAGCGCACUACUCCCGGUCGGGCGGGGCCGACGGCGAACGAUCAAUCUAGGAGACGAGGGGCUCGGUAUCCCGGAUUACGGACUAGAUGGAAUAGCUUCCAGUAUGCAGUACAUAAAUCUCGCGAUUAAAGAAUACAGCAAGGCAAUUCAUCUCGCUCCCAACAAUCAUUUGCUGUAUUUGUAUCGGGGCAAAAUCCUCAUACGAGCGGGGUGUGCUUGUGUUCUCUUAGGCGCAUUAAAGGAUUUGGGUCAAGCACUGAAGUACAACAAGAGAGAGCCCCAAAUCUACCUUCAACGAGGGAUAUGCUUUGAGAACCUUCAGGACUGGGCCAGCGCCGUCAAGGAGCUCACCUCUUGUAUAUUGCUCAAGCCGGACUUUGCCAAAGCAUAUUACCACCGAGGUCUUUCCAAGCUUCAUCUCCAAGAUCAGGAAGGUGUGGAGGACCUGGGGACGGCAAUUAAGCUAGAUCCGAAAUUCUUCGAAUCAUAUAUGACUAGAGCGAGUUAUCACCAUCUGAAAGGGAACUAUGUAAAUGGUGUCGAUGACUGCAAUGAGGCUUUAAAAAUUGAACCCACAAGUAUUCGCGCUUACUUGCUUCGAGGCGCUUGCAAUUGCAAGUUGCACCAGUUCACGCUUGCUCUCAACGAUUUUACCCGGGCGGUCGCUUUGGACAGGACAUCACACUUUGCCUUUUACAACCGCGCGGUGACGUAUCAACUUAUGGGGGAUGACCAGAGCGCAAUCAAAGAUUACAGUAUCGCAAUGCUGCUUCACAACGAUUCGAAUGCCUAUCGGAACCGUGGGUUACUGUACUGGAAGCAAGGCGACCCGGCGAAUGCCCUGCUAGAUCUGUACGCUGCGCGCGAUGCAUUUCCAGAAGAUCCGCGACUGCAUGGCCUGUUGGGACUAUGCCUACAAACCUUGGGCAAGGUGCAAGAAAGCGUGGAAGCGUUUUCGGCGGCCAUCGCCGUCAAUCCGUACAUGACUGAGGCUUACUUGGGUCGUGGCAACGUGUAUGCAUCGCAAGGUCUGACAACGAGCGCUCGGAAGGAUUAUCUGCGCGUUCUGCACCUGUAUCCACGAUGUAGCGAGGCCCUCGUAAAUAUGGCUUACACCAUGCAGGCUGAAAAUCGGCCAAAAAGAGCGUAUGAUCUAUUUAGCACGGCCCUCGUUCUCGAUCCGAAGUGUGAGGAGGCACUAGAGGGUCGGUCGGUGGUCCAUUUUGCUUUGAAGAAUUUCUUUGGUGCCUUAGUGGAUAUCUGCAAGGCGAUUGAACUAUCUCCGCAUAACUGUGAGUACCUGACGAACCGAGGGGUCGUUUACCAAGCGCUUGGAGACAAUGUAUCGGCAUUACAGAACUAUAAGCUCGCAAUCAAAUACAACCCAUCCUACGCCUUGGCGCAUCUCAAUGCCGCCAACCUGUACUUCUAUCAGAAGCGUUGGGAGCAAGCUCUGGAAGCGUACGACGCGACACUGCAACUCAGUCCUAGUAUGGUCUCUGCAUACGUGAAUCGGGGAAUCACGAAAGCGAUAUUGAAAGAUACGACGGGUGCAUUGGCAGACUUUGACCACGCGGCAGAUCUUAAUCCGUCCAUUCCUGAGGUGUUUUUCAACAGAGGACACGUCAUGCAGACACUGGAUCGACAUGAAGACGCCGAAAGAGACUACAGCAAAGUACUCGCCUUAUGCCCCUUAGACAGUCUAGCGCACACAAGACGUGGAGACGCCCGUGGUCAUCAAGCCAACAUAUCCGGUGCAAUGCACGAUUAUGCAUUAGCGGUUGCUCAGAAUCCAGAUUGAGAUGGAUGAUUAUCUAUUCCUCAGCACUUAAUUUAUUCUGAAUUUCGGCGCAGGCACGUCUAGUUUCAGAGCCCAUCAAAGGGUCAAUAAUAAACCAUGGUAAUGGACGGUGACCUUGGUCUCCGAGUCCUCGU